UUAAGCAUUUAGUUCGAAAUUUAACAAUCAGCAACACAUGUUUAUCGUCUUAUAGGCGUAGUAAGGUUAAAAAAUCUUGGCACCACACUUCUUUCAUCAAAUUACUGGGUACUUUGCUAAGUCUUGACUGCCUUUCACAUUUAACAGCGAGUAUCGAAUUUUAAUUUUACAAAAAUUUGGCUCCCAAUGUUUUGUCAAAAACCUGCUGGUAUCUGCCAUACAUUAUCACUCACAUGUAAGCUAGUUAUAAAUUUAGUAAGGACCGUUGGCAUCACUUAGAAUUUAUUAUUGAUCAGCAGCAGCUGGGAAGGGCAAUGAACAGGCUACUACUCUUGUUACUGUAGCAACACAUGUUAUUGAUGCAACAUAGCAUCUGCGCAGAUAAUGAACCACUGCUGUGAUUGGAGAACAGUGCUUUACUUGGUAUGGUGCCAUCAGGACAUAUGUUUAAGUAUUGUCAUAAAUGUGUAAGCAAAUCAGUAAAUGUGGUGUUUAGAUUUUAAUCUCUGUUGCAGUAGUUUGAAAUUAUCACCUGUCCAGUACUCAGUUUACAAUAUUUCACUGGAUAUUUUCAACAUUCUCUUGUACCACAUAUGGAAAUAGAAAGAAAAAGAAACACACUUUUAUGAAUUAACUGUGUAAUGUUACAUCUGUAUGACUUUGUAAAAUAUGUAAUAUUGUGUAGUUCUCUGGCAGAUAUUCAGAAUUAGCAGCGUUUUACAGUUUGCAGAACUCAUAAUCCAGUGUACAUUUAGUUUCUGGUUUGCAGCUUGUUAAGAGUAAUAUUACUGCACACACAUCUGCCAUGUUGUAACUAUGAUCAAUGCUACCACAUUUCAGGAGGAAUUUCUUUGAUUCAUAGUUAUUUCAUUGUGAAAAACCUACAAAAUUAUCAAUUUAUACAUAAUAUGUAUUUCACUGCAAUCUGAAAGAAUGUCACAUAAAACUUACAAUUAUCUGUGGUCUGAAACUCAGAGGACAGUAGAUGAAACUACCCAGACAGAUAUUGUAUUGAGUGCUGAGAAGCCACAGAAAGACAAGAAAUUAGCACAAGUUUCUGUUUCUGAAUUAUACUUCAGGUAUGUAACUGUGGUAAAUAGAUUAGACCAGUGUUAUGAUCAGAUAGUACAGCCACAGAAGAGACUUGUCAUUCGUAAAUUGCUAGAUGCUUCAAUUGGGCGUUUGUUGGAAUUGAAACAUGAGCUUGUCAACCUGGACUUAUCAGAAUUCAGUUAUAAUGAUGAUGUUUUACUGAAAUUAAAAUUGUCUCCCACAGAAGUAGAAGUAAACAUACCAGUACAUUAUAGACGAGAGAGAGAAAAUGAGAUUAAAAAGAGAAGAAAAGAUAUGGAUGACAUUCUUAAAAAAUUAGGUUUUUAUGAAGAAGAAGUAAUUGAAGAACCAAUGACAGAAAUUGAAGCUGUUCGCCUGUUACAGAGACAUGAAAGGGCACGACAAGGACGACUCCGCUUUCAGUUCAUGAAAGAAAUUCGGCUAAUGAAGGAGAAAGGGAAAGUGGAACCACAAGAAGGAAAAGCCACUGAUGGUGGUUCAGCCGCUCUGAAAAUUCAGAAAGUAUGGCGCGGUUACAUUACACGAAGAAAAAUGAAACAAAGAAAACUGGAAGAGAUGCUCUUAAUAGGGAUGUUGCAGCCUAGUUUUACUGAGACCAGCGAACGACAGAGAGCCGAAGAAAUUAAAGAAAUUAGGCGUCAGCUGCAAUCUGAGUAUCAAAAGGAGUAUGAAAGGUCACUUGUGGAAGAGAAAGAAAAGAUAAUGAGUAAAAGAGGUGGCACUAUGAAGGAGGAAAUUGCAGAUGAAAUCCGGAAUUGGUAUAUAGAGUAUGAGAAAGAGACUGGGAAGUUUCCUGAAAUUCCUUCAGAAGAAUCAGGAGGCUCUGCACUGAUAUUCCAGCGCCAAGGAGCAGAAAGUGAAAUUAGUAAAUCCACUACAGCCUCUUCAGUAAAGAGCAAGAAAGGUAAGAAGGAAAAAGAAAAAGAAGGAAAGAAACCAAAAAAGGAUGACGAUGAAGAAGAUCCAGGGUUUAAAAUGAUGCCAUCCAAUUUUCUGUCCGAUAUAAUGUCUGCUAGUGAGGAAUACCAAGAAACAUGGAAAGACAGAGAUGAGUCAAACAACCCUCGCCAAACUGCUGACAUAGAUAUGAUAAGAAUGGAGAAAACAGCUGAAGUGGAAAGCGAGUUGCGCAAAAUAGUUGACCAGUUGAUGAGAAAAGAACUGGAAAUUCUUCAAGCUGCUCUAGACAGGGAUCGUGCAAAGAAAGGUAAAAAGGCAAGAAAGAGUGCCAAAAAGAAAGGAAGAAGUGGUAAAAAGAGCAAAAAGAAAAAAGAAAAGGAUUUAACACCUGAUAGAACUUUGGAAUCACUUUUUGAAGAAUUGAUAACAAAUGGUAUUAUAAAAAAAUAUCCAGAAAUUCCUCUUUCUUCAUUUCAUGGUGAACAUUCUUUAGCUGCACAUGAUUUAAGGAAACAAGGAAAGGAUCCUCCACCUUCCCUUGGUGAUGUUCGACAGAUUAUAAAGGAAUAUUGCAUUUUACCUCUAGGCUCAAAUAUUAUUCAUCAAAUGGCACCACUGGUAAAAUCAUUAAUGAUAGUUGGACCCCAUGGAAGUGGAAAAGACAUGUUAGUUCAUGCAAUAUGUACAGAAGUUGGUGCAGUCUUUUUUGAUUUGUCUCCAGCAAACAUUGUUGGAAAGUACCCUGGAAAAUCGGGUCUCAUCAUGUUAGUUCAUUUAGUUAAUAAAGUCUCUCGCCUGUUGCAGCCUUCUGUUAUAUAUAUGGAUGGUGCUGAGAAACCAUUUUUGAAGAAAGUUCCCAAAACAGAUAAGACAGACCCAAAACGUUUGAAAAAAGAUCUGCCAAAAUUAGUAAAAGGCAUUGCACCAGAGGAUCAAAUAAUGUUGUUGGGUGUAUCACAUUGCCCAUGGGAAUGUGAUCAAAAAGCCCUGGCACAAACUUACAAUAAAUUUGUUAUGAUUCCUCCACGCCCUGAUUAUGGUAGUAUCUCUUCAUUGUGGAAAGAACUGUUAUUUCAGUUCAGUGGAGUAAAUCGUCAGUUUGAUACUGCAGCAAUGACUAAACUAUCUGAUGGCUACACAGUAGGGUCAAUAUUAAAAGUAGUACAAGAUGUUAUGACAUGCAAAAGAGUCCUGCAACUUCGAAUACGACCUCUUACACAUGCUGAACUUAUUAAUGAACUUUGCAAACAGGAGCCAGUGUAUAAAGAAGAGGAAGAAUCAUUUAUGCAGUGGUAUGCCAAAACCCCUAUUGGGAAGAGAAAAGCCCGAGCCCUAGAGAUAGAAGCUGAGCUAAAGGCUGAGAAUCAGACACAACAAACAAAAAAAUGAAAUGUAAUAACCAGUUUCCUUCAAAAAAUUGAUAAAACUGUGAGCCUCAAAGUUUAUAAUAAUGUAUGUGGGAAGAAAAUAAGUCAUUAUUCAUGGCCUAGAACAAGGCAGUAGGUAGUGAAUUAUUAAACUGAAAAAAGUAGAAGUGUCUAGCUCAUUUCUGUUUGGGACCAAUUAGAAACCACCCAGCUGGAAUCCUACAGUUGAUGUUCUGCAUACUAUUAACUAUUGUAGCUAAUUUACAUGUUUCAACUUCUGAUUUAUGUCGCACAGUUCACGACUGUAUCAUUGCACCAACUUUUCAUUUGAAAUAUGACCUCUGUUAACUCAGUGUCUAAUUGCAAAUUAUCACUCCUCUUUUCGACAUGUCAUAGUGUAUGCCACAAGCAAAAUUUCUUAGUGAUUGUUAGAUACUAUUCUGAAAAUCAGUUUCACUGGGUUCAAUAUGUCACCACCAAAAAAGACAGUCUCAUAAAAAUACCUCCAAGAAAUGCAUUUUCUGUGUGUAAAAACAAAUGUCUAACGAUAAUAGAUGGCUUAGCCAAACUGCAAACAGUUAUUAAAAUGUUAGAAUAACUAGCAUCAGUUAUUUGUAAACCAUUUGUCAAUGUACUCUUUUUGUAACUCUUAAUAAUAUGCUGUUUUAAUCUGUAGACAUUCUUGAUUCUUAAAUAUGAAUGCCAAAAUUAAUAAUAUUUCUGUAUCAUUGCUGCUUGUUACUAAUUACUUUUUUAACAUUACUUUCAUGUGUGGCAGAGAUGCAUUGUUUGAUCUUAUCUUCAUUUGCAUCACCAAAUAAUUGUGUCCACUUGUACUAACUUCAUAAUGGAAUCUCAUCUUUAAACUGUUGGAUAAUCUUUCUUAGGGGGCAGUUGAAGUAAUACAUACAGUGUGUCACAAUAUUAUGUAAUUUAAGUUCAUUGCAAUUUGUGUUACCAUUUUAGUGCAUGGUAUUUCUCAUUAUGUAAAUUUGUUCUUUAUGUAAAUGUUAAGUCAAUCCACUUAUAACUCACAACUGCUCCUCAGAAAUAGUCCCAAGGAAAGGCUACCCACUAAUGUGUAUUUGAUACAGUAAUAGACUGUCUUAGGCUGUCUGACUGGAACUACUGAAGUCUUGUAUUUAGAAAAUAAGGGGCAAAUGGUAUCUUAAAAUGAUUUAAUUUGUUGGUACUGUAUGUCAAACUUUCUUUAGUUACUUGUAUGUGAUCUCACAGUACAUGCUUAUUACUAUAUUUCAGUAAAAGAUGAUACAGGAGUGAAUUUAUGUUAAAAAAUUGAAUUUUUUUGAUUUAUUCAAUAUAUUCAUAUGGUUUGAACAGUAAGUUGUGCAUAUUAAUAUUAUACAAGAUAUAUUCAAAAAGUAAGAACUAUUUCGUAUUUAAUUGCUGACAGCUCAGAACAGCAUUUUAUAAAUCC